ACCAAAUAAACCAAAUACCCUAUUAGUCAUUUGAAGUGAGGAAGUAACUGUUAGCUGGGUUGUAUGUAAGAUAUCAAUUUACUUGUUCUCUGAGGAUCUGAUCAGAAACUUAGCUAUUUUUAGCUGUUAUUGUUAGCUGCUUGCAAUCCAAACUGUCCUUAUAUGUGAUCCUAAAUGAACGUGGUUUCAUUAGUGAUUUUUUUGUCAUUGUAAAACAAAUAUCCGGCAGAGAGCAAAAGAUACCCAUUUAUCCGAGUCGUCAUCUGCAGACGUUCUCACCACUUGAUUGGAGCCUAAACCAUAAGUACACAUAACCAGUGGCUCAUCUUCAUAGUCAUAGAUGGCAAUGCCAAGGACUAGCCCGACAAAUAUUUGCAAACCCACAUCAACUCCAGAAGUCAACAAGGGCAAUUUAACGUGAACGAGAACCUGCCAGGCAUGCCAAACCAGUUCUUGCUCGGUGCAGGCAGACAUUUUCGCAAGCUGCCGGUCGCGCACGGAUUGACAGCACGGGGGAGUUGCGGUAACUAACAUUUGCCGACCCGAAGCACCGUUUCCUCGGUUAGCUUUGAAGGUUCCAACAGCCCAAAACGGCCUCCUCUCCGCCGCCCGUCCACCCACCCGUCAACCGCGUCUCCGGCGCGCCCCUAUACCUCCUCCGUUUCCUUCCCCUCCCAGCACCUACUCCAAUGCGACCACACUUCUCGAUUCUUGCGCGAGCCGAUCUUGGCCAUCGGCCUCGCUGACGCACGUCAACUAGAGGAGCCAUUCGCAAAUAACCGGGAGCGUGUGCAUGGCGCCGAGCAAGCUCCGGCAGGCGAUGGGCGCGGCCAAGGACCAGACCACCAUCGCCCUCGCUAGGGCGAGCGCCGUGGACGAGGUGGCCUCGGAUGUCGAGGCGUCCAUCGUGAGGGCCACGGCGCACGGCGAGUCCGUCCCCGCAGACGAGCGCCACGCCGCGGAGAUCCUCACGCUGACGCGCUACUCCCGCGCGCGCGUGGCCGCGUGCGUGGCCUCCGUGUCGCGCCGGCUCGGGCGGGCGCGGGCGUGGCCCGUCGCCGUCAAGGCGCUGGCGCUCGUGCACCGCCUGCUCGCGGAGGGGGACCCGGCGUACGAGCAGGAGGUGUUCCUCGCCACGCGGCGCGGCAGGCGCAUGCUCGACCUGUCCCGGUUCCGCGACCGCGACCGCGACCGCGCGCGGUGCCGCGACUGGUGCUUCGCCGCGUUCGUGCACGCCUACGCCACGUACCUCGACGACCGGCUCAAGCACCGGAUGCAGGCCCGCGGAGCAUGCGGGGCCAGCCCGGGCAAAUGGCACGUCGACGGCGACCCUGACGCGAUGGCGUGCGAGGUGGCCGAGGCGGCCUGGGAGCUCGUGCCGCGGGGAAGGUCGGCGUCGGCGACGGAGACGGCGGCGGCAGAGGAUGUCGUCGGGAAGGCGCAGCAGCUGAAGCACCUCCUCGGCCGGUUCAUCCAGUGCCGGCCGACGGGGAAGGCGAGGACGAACCCGGUGGUGACGGCGGCACUGUACAGGCUGGUGAAGGAGAGCGCGGCGAUGUACUGCGAGCUCACGGAGGUGAUGGUCGUGCUCUUGGACCGCUUCGCCGACCUGGGCACUCCUGCCUGCGUGCGCGUCCACUCCAUCUUCACCAGCCUCGCGAAGCUGGUCGACGAGCUCGACGACUUCUACUCGUGGUGCAAGGCCACCGACGUGUGCCGCCCGUCGGAUAUCCCCGAGAUACAACGCGUCAAGCAGACGAAUCUGGACCUCAUGGACGAGUUCAUCCGUGACAGGCAAGCGUCGGCGUCCCCGUGGGGCCGCUCGCCGCCUACCCCCAUCAAGAAGAACGACGUCAGAGGAACAGAGCCGACGCCGAAACAGCAGCAGGGUGUUGCGCCGAAGGAGAACAGUGCCGGCAAGGCUGCGCCGGCGGAACCUGCUACCUCACCCGUCGUCGUGGACGUGGUCCACGACGACAAGACAGCCGACUUCUUGAACUUGGGCGAAGACGCAUCGCCGUCAUCCGGCGAAGAAGAGCAUGGGAUGAAUCUGACACUGGCACUGUUCGAGGGUAACUCGGCGGAGGCUGCGCCGAAAUGGGUGGCGUUCGAUGAUUCAGAAGCCGACUGGGAGACGGCGCUGGUGCAGUCCACAAGCACCCAGCGAUCGGAGCUCGGUGGCGGCUUCAACACGACGACCGUGACAAGCACGCGUGCGUUCACCGGAAGCGCAAGCAGUAUGGCAACGCAGCCGCUUGGCGCGACGGUGCUUGCCCUGCCGCCACCGCUUGGGGCCAGCACCGCAAGGGCCGAUCCAUUCGCCGCGUCCCUGGCGGUGCCUCCGCCGAUAUGUGUUCAGAUGACGGACUUGCAGACAAGGCAGCGGCUCCUUAUGCAGGAGCAGAAUUCAUGGCACCAGUAUGAAAUGCAUAGGGCAGCCUGGAGUUACAAUCUGCUGUAAGCUCGUACUGUGCUACUGUUUCGGGUCAAUAACAAAAUCUCAAUGUCGAACACACAACACACAUUUCACAGCUAAACAUUUUGGAGAUUGCUUUAGGGCCCGUUCGCUUGUACAGGAAUAAACCCGGAUUCGUUUCAGCUCAUCAAAAUCUAUAUAAAUUAGAGAAGUAAUCCGGCUAGGAAUCAAUCCAGAGCUCCAA